UGGAACAGUUAUGCUAACUUUAUCUUAUCUGGGGAGGGAACCUGUUCUGAUAAAGGACCCGCUAAAGAGGUCACCGCGUUGCAGGGGUGAAUAAAAAGUUAUGACCAUAUCCAUAGGUGUGGCUAGUGGUCUAAACCACGACCUUCCUUUGUUCGCGGUAGGGGCGCUGCGAGCGCUCGCCGGUCGCUCACUGCCGCAGUCGAGCUCGGCCAUUAUUCUGUGCGCGCGUGCCUUGCUCUAACUCAUCAGCAAAACUUUCUUACGUCAAAUCAAUGGAUAUAACCUAACACGCCGCGCACUGGGUUUCGUAUGAAAUGUGAUUGUUAUUGUGUCUAAAUGGCGUAUCUAAUGUGCCCGUAGUAGUGACGUGCAGUGCUAGAGUUUGCAGUGUUAAUGAUGUAAUUUUUUGUGUGUGUAGUGUUGUGUUUAAAAAGGAGCAAUGAGUAUCCAAAAGUGUUUUCUGGAUAACUCCAGCAGGAUGAUAAAGGCAAUGUCAACUGCAAAGUCGAGCUCCAGUGAAGUAAAAACGGGCGUGCAAAGUGGUCUCAGAAAGGUUGGCCUGGCGAUGCUGUCAAUGUCGAUGGCUCUCGAUGACAGAAAGAAAAAAACCACUCGCAGUUGGAUAGAGAGCACGUUCCAAAAGCGCGAGUGUAAAUACUUCGUGCCGAGCGCCAAGGACGAGCAUGUAUGCUGGUGCGGUCUCAGCAGGACAGCCCAUGGCGCCAACAUUCCAGUGGCGACGCCCGGCGAGGCGUGGAUGCCGGCGCGGCAUACUCAGCCGGCGCCAACUGACGCCUAUGGCACUGUGGAGUUCCAGGGUGGACCGCAUCCUACUAAAGCACAGUAUGUCCGCCUCGCCCACGACACGCGCUCCGAGCUGAUAGUCCAACUGCUGACGCGCGAAUGGGCCCUCGACCGCCCCAAAUUGCUCAUCACCAUCCAGGGCGGCAAAGCCAACUUCGAUCUGCAGCCCAAGCUGAAGAAGGUACUCAGGAAAGGCCUGCUGAAGGCCGCUAAGACCACGGGAGCUUGGAUCUUUACGGGGGGCACUAAUACUGGUGUGACGCGACAAGUGGGCGACGCAUUACAGCUGGAACGAUCGCAGCGAGCCGGCCGGGUCGUCAGCAUUGGCAUAGCUCCAUGGGGCAUCGUCGAAGGGGCAAAUGAUCUUAUAGGUAGGGGCAGAGACGUGCCCUACCAUGCCAUGGCUUCACCAAGAUCGAAGCUCGCGGUGCUGAACAACCGACACGCCUACUUCUUAUUGGUCGACAACGGCUCGGUGGGGCGCUACGGUGCGGAGAUCGUGCUCCGGCGCAAGCUGGAGAAGUACAUCGCGGCGCAGAAACUACAUCCUUACACGCAUUCAUCAACACCCGUGGUCUGCCUGGUCAUAGAAGGUGGCACGAACACGGUCCGCGCGGUACUGGAGUACGUGACCGACACGCCGCCCGUGCCCGUCGUGGUGUGUGACGGCAGCGGCCGCGCGGCUGACCUCAUCGCGUUCGUGCACAAAUAUGCUUCGGAAAGCGGCGAGCAGACUGUCCUGGAGUCCAUGCGAGACUACCUGAUCGGCACCAUCCAGAAGACCUUCGAGGUGCAGCUCCAGCAAGCCGAGUGUCUGUACAGCGAGCUGCUGCAGUGCACCAGGAAAAAGAACUUGAUCACGGUGUUCAGGAUCCAAGAACGAGCAGAAGGCGGGGAAGUACAGGAGCUGGACCAGGUCAUCCUAACAGCGCUGUUCCGGGCACAGCACUUGUCACCCAGCGAGCAGCUGUCUCUGGCCCUGACGUGGAACAGGGUGGACAUCGCGCGGUCCGAGAUCUUUGUAUACGGACAAGAAUGGCCCCCAGGUGCUCUGGACGAAGCUAUGAUGCAGGCCCUGGAGCACGACCGCAUCGACUUCGUGAAGCUCCUGCUCGAGAACGGCGUCUCCAUGCGCAAGUUCCUCACCAUCCCUCGGUUGGAAGAACUGUACAACACCAAGAGCGGACCCAGCAACACACUACGGUACAUCCUGAGAGACGUGCGGCCACAUCUUCCGAGGGGCUACGUGUACACAUUACACGAUAUUGGACUUGUCAUAAACAAGCUCAUGGGAGGUGCUUACAGGUGCUACUACACCCGGCGCAAGUUCCGUCCGAUCUACGCGAAAGUGAUGAACAAAAGCGUCAACGUGCACCGAAACAGCGCGUCGUUCACCCGCCACGCCGCCGGCGGGCUGUCGCUCAUCACGGGGUUCAUGCCGGUCACUACAGAGAUGGCGCUGUUCGACUAUCCCUUCAACGAACUACUGAUGUGGGCAGUUCUCACAAAACGCCACCAGAUGGCGCUUCUGAUGUGGACGCAUGGCGAGGAGGCGCUGGCCAAAAGCCUCGUGGCCUGCAAGCUGUACAAGGCCAUGGCCCACGAGGCAGCAGAGGACGAUAUGGAGACCGAGGUGUAUGAGGAGCUCAGGCAUUACGGGAAAGAGUUUGAGACCAAAGCUCUAGAAUUGCUGGACUAUUGCUACCGCCAAGACGACGAUCAGGCCCAACAACUCCUCACCUGCGAGCUCCAGAACUGGUCUGGACAGACCUGCUUGAGCCUAGCCGUUGCUGCCAACCAUCGCGCCUUACUAGCCCAUCCUUGCUCACAAAUCAUACUCGCCGACCUCUGGAUGGGAGGGCUUAGAACCAGAAAGAACACCAGCCUUAAGGUCAUUCUGAGCCUGCUGUGCCCCCUGUACAUCCUCCAACUGGAGUUCAAGUCCAAGGAGGAGCUGCAGCUGAUGCCGCAGACGGAGGAGGAGCAUCUGGAGAACGAGAGUAUGGAAGAUGACCGGAGUACUAAGGACCCGAACGAUGCUGAGGCAUUGAUUGGCUCAGGAGAAUGCGACACGCGCGUCGAUCAGAACGGGAAAGUGGGUAAAAUAGGGUGGGAGCCAUCGUACAGGGAGCUGCCGGAGUACCACGCGCCGGAGGACAAGCGCAUGCGGCCGCUGCGGCUCAGGAAGAAGAUCUAUGAGUUUUUCACGGCGCCGAUCACCAAGUUUUGGGCUGAUUCGAUCGCCUACAUAUUGUUCCUAUUGAUGUUUACAUAUACAGUAUUAGUCAGGAUGAGCCAUACGCCAUCUUGGCCUGAGAUUUAUUCUAUAUGUUAUAUAAUAACGUUUUUAUGUGAGAAAGUAAGAGAAAUCGUUACGUCCGAACCUGUUGCUAUUAGACAUAAGUUUAGCGUGUGGGCAUGGAACAUGUGGAACACGUACGACGCAGGCUUCAUCAUAUUCUUCCUGGUGGGCUUGACGCUGAGGCUGCGCGUGAGCUCGAUGGACGUCGGCCGCGUCAUUUACUGCGUCGAUAUCAUCUACUGGUACUUAAGGAUACUGAACAUAUUAGGCGUAAAUAAGUACUUAGGACCUUUAGUCACAAUGAUGGGUAAGAUGGUGAAAAACAUGAUAUACUUCGUGGUGCUAUUAUUGGUGGUGCUAAUGUCGUUUGGGGUCGCGCGGCAAGCGAUACUCUACCCCGAUAAGGAAGCCAGUUGGUACCUCAUCAGAGAAAUAUUCUUCCAACCAUACUUCAUGUUGUAUGGCGAGGUGUUUGCCCCGGAGAUUGAUCCCCCGUGCGGCUUGGGCGUCGACAUGGCCAAGUGCGUGACUGGCCGCUGGAUCACGCCCAUCGUCAUGACGAUUUACCUUCUCGUCGCAAAUAUUUUGCUCAUCAACCUCCUUAUUGCCGUCUUUAACAAUAUAUUUAACGAAGUCAAUGAAGUCUCGCAUCAGGUAUGGAUGUUCCAAAGAUUCACGGUGGUGAUGGAAUAUGAACAAAAGCCAGUUCUGCCUCCUCCACUAAUAAUUUUCUGUCACAUUUACGCGACUUGCAAAUGGGUGACGAGAAAUGUCUCACACCAGAGGUUUCAAUACGAUAACGGACUGAAACUUUUCUUAGAGAAAGAAGAUAUGGAAAGGUUGUAUGAUUUUGAAGAAGAGUGUGUUGAAGGUUAUUUUAGGGAACAAGAAAUUAAAUUAUCAAAUUCUAUGGAAGAAAGAGUGAGAAACACAACUGAUAGGGUAGAACAUAUCACAACUAAAAUGGAAGACUUAAAUCAAAAAGCUAAUUGCCAAAUACAGUCAGUACAGAGCGUAGAGUUUAGAUUAAGAAAAUUAGAAGACGUAGCAGAACAGACGAUGAACCAUCUAGCUGUAAUACACCGGUUCAUGGCCACACACCCGUCUUUGGUUAACCGAGGAUCGACGGACACGCUGGGACCACCGCCUCCGACCUUUCAAGCUGCUGGUGCAAGACUGAGAACGACUAGUGAUAGGUCAGAGGUGCUGUCGGACAGCGACACGGGCCCCCCGCGCUUCGUCGUGCGCCCCGUGCAGGAGGAGGACGAGCGAUCGCAACCCUCCGAUGACGAGAUGCCCCACUCUGGGCCAGAAGCCCCGGGCCCAGGAGAGAAGGACCACGGAGACUCCACGUCCACGUCCUCGGGAGGCAGUGGUGCGGGGCCGGAGGUCACCGUCAUCAGACCGCAACCGCCCACACCGGCGCGACAGAGGAGUUCGGAAAGCAAUAGGACUGAACCUAGUGAAGAAAAAAAAGUUCCAUCGAUAAAUGAUGAUGCGUUCUUGGAAGUGAACGAGCCGCCAGCAGACCUCGCCAGCCUUCGACCUAGAACCAACACAGCGGGAACCAGGAGAACAGCUAACACUAGACGGAGACGGUUAUGGAAACAGCGUUCGGAAGGUGGCAACGACUGCGGCAUGGGAGGGCACUACUCGACGCAGCAUCUGGCCCCGAGGAGACAGCACAGUCAAACGCAUUCAGAACCUGACAACUCAGCUGUUGAUGCUAGCUCCCUUCAUAACUCUGUCACUGGUCGGCAGUCAGGCUGGGAAGCAACCGGUGGCGCCACCGGCAUGGGUUCAGGCCGAGCUCGGGUCGGCGGCGCGCCGAGAUCUCUGUUGCUGGCCAUGCACGAGUACACCAGCAUCACCGAUGAGCUGGAAACCGUGUAUGGACUGUUCUCCCCGCCGCAUACACCAAGAACCCCCAUCACAUCUCGCCUGCUAUCGCCCGCAAGAGCCGCAUCGCCCUCCGUCCGCCGACGCCACGCCAGCGAAAUGUCCAACCCGGAGUUCGCUCUGUACAUGGAGAAGGAGCAUCUGCGCGGUGCCGAGGAAGAUGACUACAUCAUUAUGGAGAACCUCAUUCAGCGACGCCUAGAAAUCGAGUCUGUGCUGCACAGAUACGACGAGGAGGCGGAGGGUGAGGGGGAGGGCGAGGUCAGUGGGAUCAGCAUCAGCGUGUGUGUGAACACGAGCGGGGAGGAGCAGCCUGGGGCACCGCCGCAGUCGACCACGCUGCUGACGGUCAAUGACCGCCGGUUGCCGCAUCAGAGACAUUCUCUGAGGAGAUCAUCAGCCAUCGACAGCAGGGAGCUGCCGAGUCCGCUACAGCCGCUACUUGGAGACGAUGCUUGCGGAGAAGUGCUGCUACCCGUGCCGAGGCAACCUUCAGGUGAGACCAACGCGUCCAGCGACAUGUCCCUUUCGCACAUGGUGAGCGAGAAUCUGCCGCCACGGCCGUCCAUCGUGCUGGACUCAUCGCAACUGCCUCGCCAGCGGUCCGCCGAGCAACCGCAGCCACAGCCGCAGCCGCCGGGGCCCGCUCGGCCUGAGACAAUGUGCUAGAUGAUCGCCAUCCUAAAUGAACACAACAAUGCACCAAUCAUCAGAAAAGACCCUGAAACCAGCUUAUGAAAAAUAUUCGAGUAAACUGCGCAAAAGUAUUAAUCUAAUCAUAAUAAUAGAACACCAAAAAUUACGUUUAGUGUUAAAAUUACAUUUUUGAGAGGUUUUCCAUUUAGGGCCUUGUCGGAACCCCUUUUUCGGCGUUGAGCCAUUCGAUGUACUUACUCUUGACUGUCUGUCCCGUGUGAUCUAGUAUUAGACUGAAACUAACACUAUUCUAAAUCAAACCAUAUCCUUUGUAAACUUCACUAAUUGUUAGCACGUUUAAAACUUUAACUCGCUGUACAUUUGCUAAGCUCCUGAUUUGAAACCAUGAAUGGUCCAAAGUGUCUAUUCACUUCACUUAGGUUCAGUUGCACCAACCACAGUGAAUAGACUGAUCACACAUCAGAGACUUCCUAUAUGAUAAAAUCUUGCGAACGCUUUAACAGUGACAGAAGGUUUGGUGCAUCUGACCUUUACUCGUAAUGUAAGGCCUUAGUGAAUGCCCGAAGCGGAGCGUUUGGCGGGGCGUGCAGUGUGGCGUCGAGCUCACAUGAGCAGCGUGCACUGCGGCCGCUCCUAUACGUUUGCAUUUGUUUAACAUGCACGCCGCACGGCCCGCCCCGCUGCACGCCCAAUUCGAACGUCCACUCAGGCCUUACACUCAGUUCGGAAAAGUUUUGUUCGGCGUUCAAAAUCUGCACGCAACUACUUACUUCAACCGUUAGCGUCGGAUUUUGUGCGCAGGUUAUAAAAAUAAUUAGGUAAAUAUAUUAAUAUAUAGGUAACAUUUAAAUUAUUUCCUGCGAUGGUGAGGUGAAUAUGAACUAUGUUACGCUCGGCAGCCAAGUUAUUUCGCGUCCCCAGCUUUCAAAGUAAGCACUGUUGUCUGUUUUUUUUUAACUAUAAAUAAUGCCAUACAUUUUCUAUACUAUUUCUUAUAGGCAGUUUUUCACAGUAAAAAAAAACAGACUAAGUAUAGCGCCAAAUAACUUGGUAGUCCUGCGUGACAUGCAAUUAUAUCUUACUUUAAUAAUCGUUACUUAAAUAUAAAUGUAGUGUACAGACCGUACGUGUACAGGCGACGUAGUAAGAACUGAGUGGAAGACAUUCGACAAUACAUUCGUACAUGUUAUCUAACGAACUUGGAACUGAGAGUAGCCUAGGUUAGGUAAAUAGUCCGGGGCAAUGGAAUAUGAUAAUUGUAUUUUAUUUUUGACUGCAGCAACGCUGGAAUUGAUCCUGCCAAUAUUAAUAGCUUAUUUAUCUGCACGGGCUAUAUGGCCAAUAUGUCGAUAAGUGUCAAACUGAAUAAAAUUGGGAUCCAUUUCUUUCUUUUCUGGAAUAGUUUUGAUUUGACAAGUAUAUAUAUAAUCAGAGGGCGUGACGGUGACGGCGAAAACCGAAAUUCGCAAAUUGCGGGCAUCUUUUACUUCAAUUAAGGCGUAGUUAUAGAAUGACAGUGAAAAAAUCCCGUAAUUUGCGAACUUCGAUUAUUGCGGUACGCCCUCAGUUACAUACAUUACAUACUUAUUUAAAUUUGAUGAUCCCAUAUUCUAUCGAACACACUUUAUUUAACAGUUUAAUUAAAUACUUUGUAAUAUCAAAUAAAAUUAGAGUCGUAACCAGUUGAGAGUCGAGACUUUUUUUAAGUAGAACCUGGUUAUAUUCAGUACUUUGCGUUAAAAAGUUUUAUAAGAGACAUAACGAAACGCAUUAUUGCAUUGUAAAUCAAUUGUAUAACUUGUGUCGUAAUGACGAAACACUGAUGUUUUUGUAAGUAUUUUUUUACCUAGACUUAAAUCGACCGGGAUAUGGACCGUGAUUACCUUUUGUAUUGUUUUCGAGCAAGAGGUAAUCACGAUCCCGGUCGUCCUUAUCCCGGUCGAUUUAAGUCUAGUGAAACUAACCGUGAAUCAUUGUAUACUGUGUUUUUUUACUUAUUGUGUUUGACACUUAUAAAUUGUUUUCAUAUACUUUUAAAUUUAAAAUCACUGACUUUUUAAAUUGUUGACCAAUUUAAAUAUUUAAGCCGUUUUUAAUUGUAAUAAAAUAAAUGAAAUAGUACUAAGUUUCAAUCCCUAAUAAAAAAGGUCAUCACAAUGUGUUCAAUUAUACCAAAUAUUUUGUGCAAAUUUUACCGUUUUAUUGUAUUUGCAGUACAAUUGAAUAUUUCAUCUUUGUAUAUAAAGUAGAUUGAAUAUCAACGGAAUGAUAAUAAUGUUAAUAUUACCUUAUAGGUUAUUUAAAAGCAUUACUGUUUAUAUUUUUAUCUUAGUAAUAAUUAAGAAAUUAAAUGCAAUAACUUGUUUGUUUUAUAGAUAAUAAUGAACGCAUAUCGUUUUGUCUAAUUGAACAAAAUAUAUUAUGAACAGAAGCAAUAAUAAUGUUCAUGAAAAUUUUAUCAGGAAAAUGUCAAAUUUAAUUGAGUAAAUAUGUGGCUCUACCUUUAAUGAAAUUUAUAACUAUGUUAAAUGAAUUAUUUCACCAAUCAAUCGGAUAUUUGGUUUGAUGUUGCCCUUUAAUGAAAUAAAAUUAUAUAUAAACUAUACCGUAGUUAUGAAGUUAUCACGAAUGAAAGAUUUUUGGUACUUAAUGUAAGAUUGGCAACAUAAAACAGUAUAAAAUAAUGAAUGAAUAUUACUUAAAAUCGCUGGCCGAAUGUACUUUAAAAGUCUACAUUCAAUAAAUUAAACUUUAAGUACUUAGAUACCUCUUAUUGACCCACAUCAUAUAUUAUUUGAGUAGAAAAAAAUAUGGAAUUAUGAAUAUAAUAUAUCCAUAUAUUAUCAGGUAUUACAUUACGAGAUAUAAAAUCAUAAUCAAGAGGAAUAGCUGUCAUAUUUUAUUACGUAGUGAAAAAUGAAUUGUAUACAAUAAUAAUUUGUACCUAACAAAAUACCUACAAAUCAAAUUAUUUAUCAUACAUAUCUCAUAUAAUAAGUUAACUUUUUGACGAAAUACAUUAUUAUGAGCAUGAGAGAAUAAAAUAUCAUUGAAUGAAAAAAUAUCAAAUGAAAUGUAUGAUGAAGUUGUAAAUAUUAACAUUUUAAUAUUGUUAUUUUGUACCGAUAUGUAUAGGGCUGACAAGUACCGCCUGACUUGUAUUGGAGGCACAAGUUUUUCGUACACCAAUUAUCUUAUAGUAUUGUUAAACCAUAGUAGUAAAAAAAAUGAAGCAAACCUCUGUAAUAAAUAGUGUAUUGAAUUAAAAACGCCUGAAGUAAACUAGUACUGUUUGAAAUUACGACGACGUACGAUUACACAAGACGAUAAAAUGUACCGCAACACGUGUCGGUAACGACGCCGGACGAAGUAGCGCAACGUUGCCGGACUUCGCUCGAUAAGUAUGGCAACAGCGCGCGACACAUGUCGCCAGCGACGUCGGGCGAAGUAGCGCAACGUUGCCGGACUUCGCUCGAUAAGUCUGGCAACAGCGCGCGACACAUGUCGCCAGCGACGUCGGACGAAGUAGCGCAACGUUGCCGGACUUCGCUCGUCAUGUCUGGCAAAAGCGAGCGACACAUGUCGCCUACCGUGUGUCAUAAGUCUUGCGAUGUUACCAGUAUGUCGAUCGAAGUUCCCUGACGUCGCUACCUAUUUAAGUUGCGCUAUCUCGCCAGAUAUGUGAAGCAUAAUCGCUCGAGUUUGCUUGACUUGCCGCCGACACAUGUUGCGGGACAUUUGCCUCCUAGUGUAUUUUAUUCUAUUCUGUAAUUGCACCCUAAUAGGGUGAAAUACAUAUCUGAUGUCACCACCAAUCAACCAUUGGUUUCUAGAUUUUACUGACCAAUUUUCGGUGGUAGCAUGGCUAUAGCAUUUUUCAAACGGCUUGGGUACGGAUAUCAUCUCCAUAAAAUUUUCUGAGAUUUUGCGUUUUAAGGUUAUAUAUGAAGAUUUGUCACUGUACCCAAUUUGUUUGAAAAUACUGUAAGUGUACCCUAUUGCCGUACUUGGUCUUUUCUACUUUGUCUAUUUCUGAAUCUCAAGCACAGCCUUCAAAUCAGUUUGUAAUUUUAGUACUUUGAAAACGUUACAGUUACUGUUUAACUUUAGUUUAAACUGAAAAGUACGUAGUUAAAAAUCAAAUGCUACACCGUAAAAAUGUUUCAAGCAACUCGUUCUAAGGUUCGAAUUCGAACAUGAAGACUUAAAAUAACCCAUAAUUUUCAGUUUUAAAGGUGUUAACGCAUUUAUCAAUUCGAAUCGGCUUGAGCAAAUAAACCCUUGAAAAUUCAAUACGUUACUGGCUCUAGGCUCCAUAGUACAAAUAAAAAAGACAUGUACAGUCGCCAUCACCAUCAGAUAUAUCGGAACAGCUAAGGUGCUCAAAAAUAUCUGAACACGGACUUUAGCGCCUUGAUAAUAGAGACGUGUUCAGACAUUUGUGAGCACCUCUAGAAGCCGUUAUCGAUUUUAGUUGCAAAAAUGUCAAAAUUAUAGAUUUAGUCGAUGAAAUUAACUCUUCCUUUUGUUAACUAUUAACUAUUAGAAAUAACAAGUAGGUACUGGUUUCUAUUAGCACGUCUUGUUAUCUUUCAUUUUAAUAAAAAAAAAAUUAAACAUAGUCACUUAAUUAGUAAUGAUUUUUUUCUGAUGGACGUUUAGGUAAAGAUAUUAAAGCUCUUAUUUGUAAAUUUCGUAAAGUUUGGACUGCUAAAAAUAAUAAUUUUGUAUUACACAUAUCCUGUACUUCAAUUUUAAUGAACUACAUUUUUGUUGUUAUAAAUUUGAAGUAGUGUAAAUGAAAGUUAGACGAAAUGCUCGACUUCAAAGUCUGGAGCAUCGACGCAAGGUUGCCAGCCUAACGAUCUUUUAUAGGAUACAUUUCGGAGAGUGUGCUGAGGAAUUGCACAACCUCAUUCCUCGCUUCAACAUUCCUUAUGCGAACUGCCAAGGAGUGGAAUGCCCUGCCCGAGUCUUGUGUUUCCGUAUGAGUACAAUCUGAAUCUCUUCAAGGCUAGAGUAAAUAGGUAUCUCAUAGGCAAGCGUGCUCCACCGUAGACCGCAUCAUCACUUACCAUCAGGUGUGAUCGUGGUCAAACGCCUGCCUAUCCUCCAUAAAAAAAAAAUUCUCCAGAAAUCACUUCAAAACAAGUGACAAUUCCUUAAUUUCAACGUAAUUUUUGACAACAGACUACAACAUUUUCUGAAACUCUACGUAUACAUCAUUUUGUAUAAUUUACCACCAUAAUUUUUUUGAUUAUGUUUUAAAAACUGUCCCUUCUCGUCACAUAUUAGGGGGCGUCCAUAAAUUACGUGAGGUGUUUUUUUCAAUUUUCUGACCCUCCCUCCCCCCUUGGUGAGAUGUCGUGAGAUUUUAUUCAACCCCCUCCCCCGUCCCCCAAUCUCACGUGAGAUUUUUCAGAAUGUGGGUUUAUUACGUAAACGCGUUGGAUUGUUUAUUGUAAAAAGAAAAAACAAUUUGGUUCGUGCUUUUAUUUACGACUAGUUUAAGCAUGUACAUACAAUUUGGAUUAAAUGGACCAAAAUAGUAUUUUUUUUUUUGUUUCAAUCAGAGAAUAAAUUGCGUGAUAUUUGUCGAGACCCCCCUCUCCCCAACGUGAGAUUAGAUGAGAUUUGACUCGACCCCCUCCCCCUUUAAUCAUCUCACGUAAUUUAUGGACGCCCCCUUACCGGGGACGCACGCUUGCGACCUUAUUAUUAAAAGGCAUUUAGAUAUUACGUAACAAAGGGUGUACAAUUUCAACGACUAAAUCUAUUAUUUUUACAUUUUUUCUCUAAAACCGUUACCGGGCUCUUAACCCUUUUCCAAGCCGCACCAAUCUACAAGAUUUUCUCAAAAAAUCCAAAUAUAUUUCAAUUAAUCCAGCUUUGAUGAUUCAUUUGAAGACAAGUAACAUUUCCUGAAAGUGUAAUCUAAUUUGAACCUUCAAUCGGAAUGCUAAAGUUGAAAUUCUAAUGGCGCGUAUGUGGUCGAUAAAUCGUACUAUGCCUGGAAAAGAGUUAAUGGCCUAAGCCAAUUCUGUCUUGAUAAAUACGGUUAUCAUACCUAUUGGCGCCAUUACUUAUGGGCUUAUUAAACUACAAGUAUUGAAAUAAAAAGUCUUUUAAUACUAAAUCUACGAAGGUACUUAAUUUAUUUUGUCUUACAUUUCAUAUUUAGCAAAAUUAUGAAUUUGUAUAGGAUAAACCCUUAUUGUUUUAUCUAGAUUUGUUUAAUCAUUCUCAGAGUGAUAGUAGUACUUCGUCUGUGUUAUGUAAACAUAAUGUACAAUAAUACAAUAAAUAUAUUUGUGAUAUUACAA